ACAAAAAAGUCUUCAGAUUGACAUAUAAUUUAUAAAAUUUAUCAUUUGAAAGUACAAAAACUAUUACAUUAAAAAUGAGCAGUUUAUAAAUACUAUAAGUAGACUUUGAAUGGUACACACAUGUUAGAGGGCAGCACUACAAAUAUGAUUUAGUAUAAUAGUUGAGCAAGCAAACAAAACUUUGAAAUACAAUUUCAUAAAUGGAUACAUAUUAAAUAAAAUAUGGAAGAUUCAAUAAAGAAUCAUACUCGUACCAGUGAAGAUAAUCCACUUGUUUUUUUGGAUAUAGCUGUGCAAUCCGAAAAAGUUGGAAGAGUUGUGAUAGAGCUGUUUAAAGAUGUGGUACCACGAACAGCAGAAAAUUUUCGUGCCUUGUGUACUGGAGAAAAAGGCAUUGGAACUUAUGGCAAGAAAUUACAUUAUAAGGGAUCAAUAUUUCAUAAAGUAUUACCACAGUUUAUGAUCCAAGGAGGAGACAUAAUAAAUUUCAAUGGAACAGGCGGAGAAAGCAUAUAUGGAAGAGAAUUUGAAGAUGAGAAUUUUAAACUGUCGCAUAUGUCAGGAGGAUUAUUGAGUAUGGUAAAUAACGGUGUACCAAAUAGCAAUAGUUCUCAAUUUGUCAUUACAAUUUCUGCUAGCAUGCACUUAAACAAUACCAAUGUAGUUUUUGGUAAAGUUUUAAAAGGUAUGGGUGUUAUAUUAGAAGUAUCUGAAGUGACCACAAUAAAGGAUAUACCAACUGAGAAGAUACACAUAACUGAUUGUGGUGAAAUAAAACCAGGUGAAGAUUGGGGUUUAAAUGAAAAUGAUGGUACAGAAGAUAUUUUCCCUGCAUGGCCAGAGGACUGGGAUUAUGCAACAGACACGAAAGAACUUGAUUAUAUGUAUAUCAUAGAGGUUAUUAAGAAGAUAAAAGAUUCUGGAAAUUAUUAUUUUUCAAAAAAAAAUUAUGUGGAUGCAGGGAGGAAAUAUAAAAAAGCAUUACGUUAUUAUAAAUGGAUGACUAGUACAACAAUUAUAUCAAAUUCUUCUGAUGACCUAAUGGUAAAUACUAAACUGAUUAUACUACUUAAUCUUGCAGCUGUUAAAUUAAAAGAAAAAAAACAUCGUGAGGCAUUGAAGUUAUGUACAGAGGUUCUGCAGAUGGAUAAGAACAAUAGUAAAGCAUUAUUCCGUAGAAGUCAAGCGUACAUGGGAUUGAAUGAAUAUGAUUUUGGCUUAAGAGAUUUAAAACAAGCAUUAUUAGGUUCUCCUAAUAAUAAAGACAUUUUAAUGGAAAUUGAGAAAGUUAAAAAGAUUAUGAAUACAUAUUUAGCAAUUGAAAAAGCAUCAUGUCAAAGAAUGUUUAAAUAAAACCAAAGUAUUUUUUAAUAAAUUUGUAAAUAUACAAAAAUUUUAUAUAUAUAUAUGUAUUAAAUUAAAAAUAA